AUGAAAAAAUCAUCUCUUUUGUUAUCACUUGGAAUUCUUCUCUAUGCGAAUCGACAAGUCGAAGCAUACAAAAUUCUGAUGGUGUUCCAAAGCUAUAGUCCAUCGCAUGUAAUCAUAGCCUCCGGAUUACUGAAAGGGUUAGCCAAAAAGGGCCAUGAAGUGACAAUGGUUAGUUCUUAUCCUCAAUUAAAACCAUUGAAGAACUAUAGAGAUGUUGUUGUUUCAACUAAAGAUACAAAUGAUGAUAAAGGUAUGUAAAAUACAAAGCCUUAUAUGCUGCAAAAAUCUUAUGAGCAAACCAAUGCAACAAUGUUAAAUGAGGAAUUUAGGACAAUCAUGGAAGAAGAGACAUUUGAUUUGCUGAUCCUAGGAAUGUCCAAUCAAUUCUUAUUAGGACUAUCUUAUCAUUUCAAGUGUCCAGUGGUUAUAUUAAGCCAAGUUCAGGCGAUGUAUUUGUCAUCCCAACUGGUAGGAAAUCCCCUAAGUUUUGCAGAAACAUCCCACCUUUCAUUAGGAUAUAGAAGCCAAAUGACUUUCAGACAGAGAGUAAUGAACUUUAUUAUGUUUAGUGGUGAAAUUAUCAUGUCAGCUUAUUUCCGCUAUAUGGAUAGAAUUUACUAUGAUUCCAACUUUCCAGCUGGCAAAUAUCCCAGCUUUGAUGAAGCCCUUAAAAAUGUGUCAUUAGUCCUAGUAAAUCAUCACUUUAGCCAAGGUUAUGUUCGACCUUAUGUUCCUGCCAUGGUGGAAAUCGGAGGGAUUCAUAUUGAAGAUGAAAUCGACCCUUUACCAAAGGAUAUCCAGGAAUUUCUAGAUUCUGCAAAUGAUGGAGCAAUAUUCUUCUCAUUUGGAACUAAUAUAAAGAGUUCUCUUUUGCCCCAAGAAAAAAUAGAUGCAAUUCUAAGGACAUUCGGACGUUUGAAGGAAAAAGUAUUGUUCAAGUGGGAAAAUGACAAUCUUCCCAACAAACCAGACAACAUGAUGAUCGGGAAGUGGAUGCCACAGAGAGAUAUCUUGGCUCACAAAAACGUAAAACUCUUUGUAAGUCAUGGAGGAAUGGGAAGUAUCAGUGAAGCUAAGUGUCGAGGUAUUGCUAUGAUUGCGGUGCCUUUCUUCGGCGAUCAAAUGGGAAAUGUAGUUAACAUUGUUAAUGAAGGAUGGGCGUAUCAAUUGAACUUUGAGGAUCUCACAGAAGAAUCUUUCUUGGCUGCUGUAAAAGAAGUUCUGACCAACGAAGUGUACAAAAUAGUGGCUGAAUCUAAUGCGUUGCUCUACAAGGAUCGUCCAAUGUCUGCACUCGAAACGGCCAAUUUCUGGAUAGAAUACGUGAUCAGACAUAAAGGCGCUCGUCAUAUGCAAUCGCAGGCAGUUCAUAUGAAUUUCUGCGUCGAUAAAAGAGCUCAGUUGAGAUCUGAAAUUCGUCAUAUUAAGAUCGCGUACAGUGAAUUUCGGCUUGGCGCCAUCGCAAUGAGGAAGUUAAUUUUACUCUCGUUUUGUGUGCUAGUUUUGUGUAUUGGCUUUGGAGCCAAAGAGGCAGAAUCAUAUAAGAUUCUGAUGGUGUUUCCAAGCUUCAGUCCAUCGCAUUUGAUUGUAGCCUCGGGAUUGUUGAAGGGAUUGGCCAAAAAGGGUCAUGAAGUGACCAUGGUGAGUUCUUUUCCUCAAUCAAAGCCCGUGAAGAAUUAUCGAGAUGUGGUUCUAUCAUUCGGUGACUUUGACAAAGAUUCAAUGAUGGCGGAAAUUGUAAAAAAUCCGGGUAAUCAGAUGCAAAUGAUUUUAAAAUUUCCGUCAAUGUUGAAGAUGGCUUACGAUCUUGCCAACCAAACAAUGUCUAAUACCGAAUUUCGCAAAAUAAUGGAGGAGGAGACAUUCGACAUGGUGAUAUUAGGCAUAUUUGCCAAUACAUUCCUUUCCGGCCUUGCAUAUCACUUCAACUGUCCUCUAGUCGUUAUGAGCCAAGUCCAAGCUGUUUAUAUGACGUCGGAAUUAGUGGGAAAUCCUCUGAGUGUUGCCGAAACGACACACUUCUCACUCGGCUACAGUGGCCAAAUGAGUUUUCUACAGAGAGUAAUGAACCUCGUUUUUUCAAGCAUUGAAAUGGUUAUGACCAAAGGGAUGAGAUACAUGGAUAGAAUUUACUACGACUCCAACUUCCCAGCUGACAAAUAUCCCAGCUUCGAUGAAGCCCUCAAGAAUGUAUCCUUAGUGCUUCUGAACCAUCAUUUUAGUCAAGGCGGUGUGCGACCAUAUGUUCCUGCGAUGGUGGAAAUCGGAGGAAUUUAUAUUGAAGACAAAACUGAUCCUUUGCCAAAGGAUAUCCAGGAAUUUCUGGAUUCUGCAACUGACGGAGCAAUACUUUUUGCUUUCGGAUCUAAUGUGAAAAGUUCUAUUUUGCCCCAAGAAAAAAUAGAUGCAAUUCUAAGGACAUUCGGACGUUUGAAGGAAAAAGUAUUGUUCAAGUGGGAAAAUGACAAUCUUCCCAACAAACCAGACAACAUGAUGAUCGGGAAGUGGAUGCCACAGAGAGAUAUCUUGGCUCACAAAAAUAUAAAACUAUUUGUGAGUCAUGGAGGGAUGGGAAGCUUAGCUGAAGCUAAAUACAGAGGUGUUCCUGUUGUUGGAGUACCUUUCUUCGGCGAUCAAAUGGGCAACAUGGCUUCUAUCUCUAAAGAAGGAUGGGCGUAUCAAUUGAACUUCGCCGAUCUAACAGAAGAAACCUUUACUGCUGCGAUUAAGGAAGUCUUGACCAAUUCCAAGUACAGAGAUUUGGCACAGAGAAAUGCUGAUUUGUACAAGGAUCGUCCAAUGUCUGCACAAGAGACUGCAAAUUACUGGAUAGAAUAUGUGAUCAGACAUAAAGGCGCUCGUCAUAUGCAAUCGCAUGCAGUUCAUCUGAAUUUCUGGCAGAUCAACUCAAUCGACGUGAUCGCAUUCUUACUUGUGGUUUUCAUUCUAGUUAUAAAGAUCUUUAUAGUCACAACGAAGUUCCUCUGGCGACGUUUUAAGAGAAUGUUAUUUGGGAAGAAGCAGAAGACACUCUAAAUUCUUCAACCCUUGGUUUGCCAUGUAUUUAUAUUGACAUAUAAUAUUAAGUCGAUUAAUCUAGUAUUAAAAAAGCCUUUCUAGAAAACGUCCAAUAUCGCCCUAUACAGAAUUGUACAUAUCUUGUUAAAAACUAUAACAAUAUGAGUGAGGGAGUUGUAAUAAAUACUCUAAG